AUGCGCUCUCCCUCUCGUCGCCUGCGCGCUUUUCCCGCCCGUCGCCUUAGAGCUCUCUCUACCGUCGCCUUAGCGCUCUCCAUCCCGUCGCCUUCGCGCUUUCCCUCCCGUCGCCUUAGCGCUCUCCCUCCCGUCGCCUUCGCGCUCUCCAUCCCGUCGCCCUUGCAAUCUCCCCUCCCAUCCGGUCGUUCACUUCAUCUCCUCUCGCUUACGUCCUCCCCUCCCAUCGGCAUCGCGUUCACGUUCCUCCCUCCCCUCGCCAUCGCGCUCACGUUCCUCCUCUCCCCUCCCAUCCCGUCGUUCGCCUCCUCUCCCCUCCCAUCCCGUCGUUCACCUCCUCUCCCCUCCCAUCCCGUCGUUCGCCUCCUCUCCCCUCCCAUCCCGUCGUUCGCCUCCUCUCCCCUCCUCUCCCGUCGUUCCUCCUCUCUCCCCUUUCUUCCCAUGGCUCCUCCGCUCUUCCCUCGCUGUCCGUUGUUCCUCUCUCUCUCCCCAUCGAUAUCAUUCUAUCCGUUGGUGAUGCCUUUCCCCCUCGUUCUUGGACUCCCUAUUUUUAACCUCUUUCAGGCUCAAGUCCAAGAAAACGUUGUUUCUCGCAGCUCUGCCAUGUCGUCGGCCCACCUCCGCUCUCAUCUCCCGCAUAUGUGUGUGCUCUGGAUUUCGCCUGUUCUUGAUUGA